GCACUGCACGUCUCCCACGUACUUACGGCUUGCCAUACUCGCGGUGACAUCUGGGUAGGACAGUCAAAGCGGCGGGAGGGCGGCAAUUUAUUGUUAAAUACUAAGACACAUUACCUAGUUUAACAUUGACAUUGUGAAAAGUUCAAUAUUUAUCGUUUGGUUGAGCCGGUAAACACGGAGGCGUGUCUCGGGUAGAUCUGUUAUUAAUACUCGCGUGGCAGUGCCGUUGUUAAAGCUCCUCUUGGAAAUUGGACGUUUGUUUUUAUUAGCCCAGAGUUUAGCGCCCCAGCAACAAUGGCAAAGGUACAAGUGUUGAAUGUAGCCGUCUUAGACAACCCGAGUCCUUUUGGAAACCCUUUUCAGUUUGAAAUCACCUUUGAAUGUAUGGAAGACCUUCCUGAAGACCUAGAAUGGAAGAUCAUCUAUGUCGGUUCAGCAGAAAGUGAGGAGUAUGACCAAAUCCUGGACUCUGUUUUGGUUGGGCCUGUACCUGCUGGGAGACAUAUGUUUGUUUUUCAGGCUGACGCCCCAAAUACUGGUUUGAUUCCUGAAAGUGAUGCUGUUGGCGUAACCGUAGUUCUAAUUACAUGCACUUAUCGUGGCCAGGAGUUUAUUCGUAUUGGUUACUAUGUGAACAACGAAUACACAGACCCAGAGCUUCGUGAAAAUCCUCCAAUCAAGCCAGACUACACACAGCUCCAGAGAAAUAUCCUAGCAUCAAACCCACGUGUUACAAGAUUUCACAUAAACUGGGAAGGCUGCGCCGAGAAAAUGGAAGACUCUGAAAACGUGGAUCCUACAUCAAACUCCAUGCUUCCCCCGUCCUGUCUGCCAGGCAAGGUCCCACCAGUGGGCAUACUCCCAGAUAACUCUAUGGAUUGCUUAUAAAGAUACCCAAAAGGUGAUGACAGAUGGCAAGUUAUCUUGUUUUUAAAGGAUGCCUAUGGACAUUCUAGUGUGGGUUAAAUGACAUUCAGAUCUCUCAGCCUUACUGCUUCAGUUUUUCCUGAAACAUCCUCAAUCCUCACUUCCGGUGUUUAUUCCUAUGACAUUAUGAACAUCUUAAUGGAAUCAUUGUUCAUUUGAAGGUGCCGUUCUUGUGAUUAUUGAAAGCUACAUUGAAGUGUUGAAAAUAAACGGCCAUGAAAUGAUACAGCUAAACUAAAUUUAACUACCGUAUAUGCCGCUCUAUGACUUGGCCACAUUCUUUGGUUGCAGAGUGGAUUUGUAACUGUUUUGACUUUACAGCACUGAAAUAUUUGACAUAAACAGCAAUAUGUAUGAAGAAGUUUGGUAAUCUAAUAAAAUUUGUGUGAAAUUGCACUUAAACUGCUACUUAACUUAAUUUUUUCAGAAAGGCAUUGUAAGAACUGUAUUACUUCCUGUUUUGUUUGUUUCUUUUCUGAUUGGAGUUUUGUGUUACAAAUAAAAGUUGUUAUAGUUUUCUG